GUGGGGGUCGGGGACCACCGAGGAGCACGAGGUGGGGAGUCCCCAUCCCCGCUGCAUCCCGGUACGGAGCUGGUGGGGUGUCCCACCACCCGUCACCAGGAGCAGCACCCACGACACCCAUCCCGGGAGGGUCCCCAGGCACCCACCGAUGGUCCCCGCUCGCCCUUCGACCCAGGCGAUGGAGCCAGAGCUCCCGGACCCUCUCCAGGAGCCACCGGACAAGCUCUUCCCAGGCAGCGUCAUCCCCGAUCCCCCAUUCUCUGGCUUGGUCCCGUCUCCCAGCAGCUUCGAGCCAGCCUUCGAGGGCUGGACGCUCCCCGAGAACGGCGGGAGCAAAGCCGAGGAGCUGCUGCGGUUGACGGUGAACCCCAACGACGUCUGCGGCCUGGGCCUCGCCCCCGCCCCCCCGGACGCUACCCCAGAGUGCCCCCGGCCUGAUGGGCCCCCCGCUGCCGCCACCACCACCGCCGCCACGCUUUACGAGGUGGUCUGCGACCUCAGCACCCCCCUACACGGCAGCGUCGUCUCCAUCCAGCUGGACGACUGGCUCUGCCCCGCGCUGCUCCCCAGCUCCUGCAUCGUCAAUGAACUGCCCGCCAGCCCCCUGCCUGCUCUGCUGCCUGCUGCCCUGCCAGCGCCCAGCACCACGCUUUCCCUGACAGAGGAGGAGAAGCGGCUGUUGGCACAGGAGGGGGUGACGCUGCCCGGCACCCUGCCCCUCACUCAGGCUGAGGAGCAGAUCCUAAAGAAGGUGAGAAGAAAGAUCCGGAACAAGCAGUCAGCCCAGGACAGCCGGCGGAGGAAGAAGGAAUACCUGGACGGGCUGGAGAGCAGGGCGGCCGCGUGCUUGGCCCAGAACCAGGAGCUGCGGAAGAAAAUCCAGGAGCUGGAGAAGCGCAAUGGGUCCCUGCUGCGGCAGCUGCAAACACUGAUCAAGCAGACUUCCAACAAAACAGCCCAGACCGGCACCUGCAUCCUGAUCCUGCUCCUCUCCCUGGGACUCAUCCUUUCCCCCACCUACAGCCCCUUCCGCCAGGGGCCAGGGGGCAGCCAGAAUGGUGACAGGCCCACCGGAGUGAUUUCCAGGAACAUCCUGACACAGGGGGAGCCCCUGGGAUCGGCCGGAGACGCCCCAUUCCCUGCACCGGGGUGGCUGCAGGUAGAAGAACCCAGACCUGUGGCUUCCACGGAGGAUGGAGGCGAGGGGGGGCACGGGAGGACCCCCCCUGACUGGGAGCCGGGCACCAACUCCUCAGGCCAGGCUCCUCUGGGGGAUGCAGGGGCUCUGGUGGGGACAGUGAGACGGGGACACGGGGAUGAGAUGUGACAGGCUGGGGUGGGGGCAGCAGUGGGGGGGACACCCAGCCCGGGCAGGGGUUGCUGGAUGUGCCUACCUACACCCAGCCCCAGCAGCUCUGCGUGCCGGUGAAUAAACCUGCGCUUGGUCUGCACCCCAACACGCGUUG